AACGGUAGAAACACCACUUCAGUGUUGCUGUCUCCUCUCAUUUCCUCUCUUCUUGUUUCCUCUCGUCUCCUCUCCAAAUGAACUGCUACUUACCCCAGACCAUGGAAUAUUCCGGAGACUUCGACUGCCCCGUCUGCCUACAGAUUUUGGAGAUACCGAUUGAAACCAAAUGUGGUCAUAUCUUUUGCCAAGCUUGCCAUCAGAGAAAUUUCCGCAUAAACCGUAGCUGCCCUAUUUGCCGUGGAGCCAUUGAUCUUGUGGAGAAACAUGCCACUAGCCUGGACCAGCAGAUGAGACAACAAGAGGGAAAGUGCAAGGGUUGUGAUCAACAGGUGUAUUUCAGCAAAAUGAGAGAUCACAUGAGAAACUGUGCCGAGUGCAAAGAGGAGGACAUUCCAUUACCUUCUCCUCAGUCAGACUGUCUCUCUGCCUCUGGGUCCACCUAUAUUUGUCCUUACUGCCAAGAGACAAACUUUGGGGAGGACAACUUAUUGGAUCACUGUAUUAGAUGUCAUUUUAAUGACUCUCUCCCUGUUGUCUGCCCUGUGUGUGUCUCCAUGCCUUGGGGAGAUCCAAAUUAUUUCAGCAGGAACUUUAUUGGCCACCUGCACCUGAGACACCGGUUUUCAUACGAUUACUUUGUGGAUUAUGAAGGAAACGAAGAAGUGAUGUUUCAGCAUGCCUUGCUGUCCUCGUACCAAGAUUUUGAGGAAGUGGAAGAGGAAGAAGAGGAAGAAGAAGAAGAUGAUGAUGGUGCUGCUCUGCAAAUGGCUAUCAUGGCCUCGAUGCAAAGCCAGUGACCUUUCCCUUGCAUCAGCAUCAAACAGGGAAACGGGUUGAGGAGAGUUGGGUUAAUUAGACUGGGAAGCAAUAAAGUAAAAUCACUUUUAGACCCAGUGUCACAGAGCUGGGGAUUUUAUACCGAAUCCCACAGUGACUGAGGGGGAUUUUAUACCCAAUCCCCCAGUGACUGAGGGGGAUUUUAUAACCUAUACCCAGUUCUGGACACCACACUAUAGGAAGGACGUUAAGGCAUUGGAAAGGGCGC